AAGAAAGAUAGAAAAUCUCACGUCGCGAGCUUUCAAAAGAAAGAGAAGUAAAAUGUCAUUCACGUCUGAUAAUAGAAUAUGUAGCCGACAUUAUUGGCGGGAUAUCGAGUGGCUGUGGCCUGUGGGACAAGGAAUGCGUUCUUUUCCUCUUGUUUUAUGAAUCAAACCGCUUAGAGGUUAGAGCCCAUAAUUGCUGGUCACUGUUUCUUGAAUGAAUCGUCGUCAUUCCUCCUCCAGAUUUCCAGUUCCCCCCCUUUGCCUCUCUCAACAUCAAAUAUUCUUUUUGGUUGAUUAAUUGUUUUGCGCUGAACCUACAAACCCACCUCUCAGUUUGACCAAAAACAAAAGAAAGAAAGAAAAAAAAAUUGGGUUUGACCUGCAUUUGUUGAAUUGUCACAAGGUCAGUUUUGUUUUGCAACGGUUUACGCUUUGAUCAGCCGAGAAGGUGACUGAGCAGUAAUGCCCGUGCUCGGAGAUGGAACUCUCAUAGUCUCCUUGUUAUUUUGGCCUAGAUACACCUCAUGGAUAAUCACGACAACAACAACAACAACAACAACAACAAAACGCCAAUGGUUCGGAUCCAAUCCACUGUAGAGAUGGGGUCGUUUGAAGAAAGAUCGGUUAUUGAGUUUGAGGAUGAGAGCUUAGAGAGUCCUGCAUCAAUUCCUAGAAAGAAACAUUCUUUUCAUGCGGCUCCGCAUAUAUCUGCCGAUGGUUCAGACCAUUGUUAUCCAGAAGAAAUUAUCAGGAAUAGCGUGAUAGAUAGCAUAAAGAUCGUGGUCUUCUCAGCCAAAAUCAACUUACUCAUGCCUUUUGGCCCUCUGGCAAUCUUGGUCGACAAAUUAUCUGGCAAUCAUAGUUGGGUCUUCUUUUUGAGCUUACUGGGUAUUAUACCUUUGGCUGAGCGUCUGGGCUAUGCUACAGAGCAGCUGGCUUGGUUUACUGGACCUACAGUUGGAGGCCUUCUAAAUGCUACUUUUGGAAAUGCGACAGAAUUGAUAAUAUCAAUUCAUGCACUGAAAAUUGGCAUGAUACGUGUCGUCCAGCAGUCAUUACUGGGCUCAAUUUUGUCUAACAUGCUGCUAGUGCUUGGAUGUGCAUUCUUCGGUGGUGGACUUGUGUUUUUUGAGCAAGAACAAGUGUUCAACAAGGGAGCUGUUGCAGUGGACUCUGGUUUGCUGUUGAUGGCAGUCAUGGGCCUUCUAUUCCCGGCAGUUCUUCAUUCUACACACACAGAGUUACAUUUUGGGACGUCUGAGUUAGCUCUAUCAAGGUUUAGUAGCUGUAUUAUGCUUGUGGCAUAUGCUUCCUAUCUUGUUUUUCAGCUGAGAAGGCAGAAGAAUGUAUACGUCCCUGUUAGUGAGGGAGAGACUCAGAUUGAAGGGAGUUCAGAUGAUGAAGAAGCUCCAGAGAUCUCUAAGUGGGAAUCAAUAAUAUGGCUAUCAAUUUUGACUGCAUGGAUUUCGGUCCUCUCAGAAUAUUUAGUUGAUGCCAUAGAGGGGGCAUCUGUUUCAUUAAAAAUCCCGGUAGCAUUUAUUAGUGUUAUUUUGCUCCCAAUUGUUGGGAAUGCUGCAGAGCAUGCAGGUGCUGUUAUGUUUGCCGUGAAAGACAAGCUUGAUAUAUCUUUGGGAGUGGCAAUCGGCUCAUCGACACAGAUAGCAAUGUUUGGGAUUCCCUUUUGUGUGGUAGUCGGGUGGGUCAUGGGGCGUCCUAUGGACUUAAACUUCCAACUUUUUGAGACAGCUACGCUUUUCAUAACUGUUCUCGUGGUAGCCUUCAUGCUGCAGGAGGGAACUGCUAAUUACUUAAAAGGACUAAUGCUCAUUCUUUGCUACCUGAUAGUUGCUGCAAGUUUCUUUGUACACAUAGACCCUACAUCACUAGAAGAUGAGGCCCCUAUACCAAGUCAUUGAAGCCAUAGGAUUACGAAGUGAAUCUGCUAAAGCUCACGAAGUAUUUUGUAGAGACUCCCCAAACUUAGUCAAUUGUGAGUGACUUUAAGGUGGAUGUUCUAAAGCUCUAGGUUUAUAUUGUCAGUGUAUAGUGCACUAUUCUUUCAUGUGGUUGGCUACCGAUUCUUUCUUGUCCCCCGAGGAUUGCUAUAUAAAGAGAAGAUGAUUGGUUGUGGGCUCUAGUUUUUGUAUUGGAUUUAAUAGUAAGUCAAAAUGUAGGAAAUCUCGGGGAUACUAGUUUUUCUUCGGUCUUUGAAAGGUUUUGUUAUUAUAUACUGUAUACACAAUUACA